AGCUGUGGGGAAACAGCCUUCUAGCCUGUGCAAGUGAGCUGGGGCCUUAGAGGGAUUAACCCGUCUCAUAGCUGACUUUACAAAGACUGAAAGUUCAGGUGCUGUAGGGGGAGUGGAGGACGGUACAGGAAUGGGACUGUGACUACAUGGAGAACGCGUUCUGGGGCUGCAGCUCACCUACACUCUGCUCCAGUGACCCUUUUGCAGGGGACCAUGGAGAGCAGGCGCUGAGAGCGAGUGCUUGGCAGAAGCAGCAGCAGGCUGGUGAAGAUGGAGAAUGGCACAGGAGACGAGCAGAACCAGACUGGGCUGCCACUAUCAAGCCAGGAGAUCAUUACAGCUGAAUACCAAGUGGUUACCAUCCUCUUGGUGCUCCUCAUCUGCGGGCUGGGCAUCGUGGGCAAUGUCAUGGUGGUUUUGGUGGUCCUGAGAACGAAGCACAUGAGAACUCCCACUAACUGCUAUCUGGUGAGUCUGGCCGUGGCAGAUCUCAUGGUGCUUGUGGCUGCAGGGCUGCCCAAUAUCACAGAGAGCCUGUACAGAUCCUGGGUGUACGGCUACGCCGGGUGCCUCUGCAUCACUUAUCUCCAGUACCUGGGAAUCAACGCUUCUUCUUUUUCCAUCGCUGCCUUCACCAUUGAGAGGUACAUAGCCAUCUGCCACCCAAUCAAAGCUCAAUUCCUGUGCACUUUUUCAAGAGCCAAAAAGAUCAUUCUUUUUGUUUGGGCUUUCACCUCCAUAUACUGUAUGCUCUGGUUUUUCUUGCUAGACCUUAACACAGUAGCCUACAAAGAGACUACUGUUGUGUCCUGUGGCUACAAGGUCUCCAGGAGCUAUUACUCUCCUAUCUACAUGAUGGACUUUGGUAUAUUUUAUGUUGUGCCAAUGGUAUUGGCAACUGUGCUCUAUGGCCUGAUUGCUAGGAUACUGUUCCUGAACCCCAUCCCUUCAGACCCAAAAGAAAACUCUAAGACCUGGAGGAAUGAUGUGGCUCACCAAAGCAAGCCUGUGAAUACCAAGAUGACUAACAGGAGUUUCAAUAGCACUAUUGCUUCUCGAAGGCAGGUCACCAAGAUGCUGGCCGUGGUUGUGAUCCUGUUUGCAUUCCUGUGGAUGCCCUACCGCACCCUGGUUGUCGUCAAUUCCUUUCUUUCCAGACCCUUCCAAGAAAACUGGUUCCUGCUAUUUUGCAGGAUCUGCAUUUAUUUGAAUAGUGCCAUCAAUCCCGUCAUUUACAAUCUCAUGUCCCAGAAAUUCAGAGCAGCCUUCAGGAAACUGUGCAACUACCAGCAGAAGCAGGAGAAGAAACCUGCCAGUUACAGCAUGGCCCUAAAUUAUAAUGUCAUCAAGGAUUCUGAUCAUUUCAGCACUGAGCUAGAAGAUAUUACCAAUACCUACCUGUCCUCUGCAAAACUGUCCAUUGGUGAUACCUGUUUGUCAUCCAAGGCCUGAAGCCCACCUUGUUGUGAGUGUGCAGCCAUGUAAGAGGUUUGGAUGCUCUGUUCCCACCCACUGUAUGAAUUGUAAGGACAUUUCUACUCACAGAAUUGCAGAAGCUACCAUAAAUCUUUUCAUACCUGUGGGUGCCCUACAGGAAAAUGCAGCAUCUUGGGCAGUGAAAAGAGUGUAUUAUUGAGGCUAACUGGACGAAGUACUCAAUACAACCUAACUUUAGCCAGGUGAGUUGGCUCCAGGAGAAUACCUAAAUCCUUCUUCCCAUUACCUGGCUGAAGAGUGGUGUGUUAUCUCAGAAUGAGCAAGGCUUGCCAGGACAUGUCCAUGGACACAGAGUGGGGCAGGGGAUGAUACUCCCUGUGAAGAUGAGAGGUGAGGAGAGGAGCUGCUCUAAUGUGUGCCUGCACUGGGCAGUACCCAGGAGACCUUCCAACAGCAACCAAAAUUGCUGCUGAUAGCAGUAAUUACCUGCCAGUGACUCCCUCAGCCCACAUCAGUGCAAAUCUCAUUGCAGCCAUCACAGCACGCUUCAAUAAACCGGUGUCUGAUGGCAAAGAGCACAAAAUCUUUCUUUUCUUUGGUUUAUUUUUACCUUGGGCAGUGUGAAAUAUGAAGACUAUUCAAUGAAUGUGCAGCUGGAAACAAACAAAAAGUCAGUAAGAAGCAUUUAAAAUAGCUUAUCUUUUUCAGCAAUCAGGUUUAUAGAUGUACCACUUUAAAUGUAAGUCUCAGCUAUUACUGAAUCCUGUUGGAAAUUGACAGAUAUUGAUGAGUAUGUAACAGGCUUUUAUCAGCUCCUUUUAUCUUGGUUCAAUACCAUUUUUAUCUACGAGCACUAGAAGGGGUUUAGAGCUUUAAUACUGAUAAUAUCUGGGGAAAAGGGGAAAAUUCAGAGAAAAGUAACACUUUUUAAAUGUUUAAUGUUCUUAAAAUUUAUCUGUUAGAACACUUCAGGACAUAAAGUGUUGUCAGAGGAAAAGUCAUCCUGGCUUUUUACUUGCCAGCAUAGCCCCUUCCCUGCUCUUCCCACACAGGCCUAUGAUGAGCAGUCUGGGGCCAGUCUCCCUGAUGUAGCUACCAACAAAGUAUCAUGUCUUGCUUUGACUUUGCUCUAGACUUGCUGUUGUUCUUGCUAGAAGUUCAUUUUCUCACUUCUGUGCUGCAGAAGCCCAGGAAAGUGCCUGUGUGUUCCUGUGUGUCAUGAACAUUUUACACAUGACAUUUGUACAUGACAUUCAAAAACCUGUAAAAAAGCUGAUUCACAGAAUCACAGAAUAGGCUGAUUUGGAAGGGACCCAGAAGGAUGAUCGAGUCCAGCUCCCAGCCCCACACAGCCCCAUCCCCAAGAGUCACAAACCUGCCCAGUGUCGGUGAAAGAGGCAGUCUCUAAGCAUUGUAAGGCUUUCCUAUCCAGUAUUCUUUUGCCUACACAGCCACUUCCCUAAUUCAAGCUUCUUCCACUAAUAUUCAACUAUAUUUGCAAACUUAAAGGGAACUAAAAAUACCCUGAUGGGCCUCUCAGAUUUAAGCAUUAAAACCAUGGAGGAAGCAAACAUUGCUCAGAGAGGUUGUGGAGUCUCCUUCACUGGACACAUUCAAGAACCAUCUGCACUCAGUCCUGUACCAUGUGCCCUGGGAUGACCCUGCUUGAGCAGGGAGGCUGGACCAGAUGACCCACUGUGGUCCCUUCCAACCUUCCUCACUCUGUGAUUCUGCGAUUUUGCAGUCUGUAUCCUGCUCUGUCUGCAUCCUUGCUUUCUCCUGUUUCACCUUUGCGGAGCUCCGCAGGCACUUUCCCGCUUGGCAGAGUGAUGGCAGGGCAUGGAAGAGACCAACAGCAAGGAGGUUUUAACCAGCAGAGUAGGUGUGACCAAAUUCCAGAAGCUGGCAGAGCUUUGUCUGGAGCAGAGCCAGAAGCAGGACCCAUGCAGGCCAUGUUGCAGUCUUUCCCAAAUCCUCUGCAUUUCCCAGCUUGCCAGGUUGUCUCUCUGAGCAGCAAAGGCCACCAGGCAGGCACAUGCAGUGGUGUCUAUUUCUGUGAGAUGUCUGAACCCCCACAGGACUGGAAGGGCAAUGCCCAGACUGCUUUUAAAAUAACAAGAAAGAACUAAAAUGACAGAGUAAGUAAUGUGUCAGCCAAGUAAGCACACUUGGCUGGGGCUCAAGAGUCACAGACAAGGAUACCGAUGUAUUCUCAAAUUAGCACCUAGCAAUUAAUCUCAUAAAUACAAUUCUGUAGCUGUGACACACACUUUGGGCAAACCCUUCCUUUGUAGAGCUUGAUGUGAAAAUACAGAGUUCUAUAGCAUCUUCCUGCUUACACUUGCUUAAAGCAACAGGUUGCUAUUAUAAUGGAAAGCCAAGGAGAGAUACUGUUCAACUUUUCCUCCAAAGCACCUGUAACAGAGAAAUUAAAUUAUCUGUGAACCUUACACAGGAAUUUAUGGCUGUGUAGGCAAGAGACAUUCAAAGUAAAGGCAAGUUCCUGUGUCUGACUUUGCAAACUCCUGUGAUGAAGCCAGGGCUGCUCUCAGCUGCUGGGGCAGAGGCUACAGGGGCGGCCACUGGUGGAGCUGGUGCCUGGAAAUCCCUCUGUCCUUCACAUGCUGUUUUCAGCCAGGCAUCUGUUCAGUGCUUCCAGAGGAGGCCCUACUUUCCAGAAUUUCCCAAGAGAUGCUUGAACUAGUUGCUUUUCUUACUUAAAAAGCAAGAUGUGCACAAGUCAGAUGUGCAGGUCUAGCAGCAGGCAGAGGGCAUUCCAUGGAAACCUGGCUGUCUGGUGAGGAGCACGACUGGCUGGGUAAAACCUGAGACCAGUGCUUGUAUAAUAACAGUAAAACUUACACUUUUAUCUCAAGGCUUUCAGAGCACAGACUGAAUUACAGCUUUUAUAGACCAACAGUACCAGAAGUGAAUUCCCUCCUUUAUUUGCCUUUUUGCUGAAAAAGCAACUGUCUGCUUUCUCAGUCUCUGCUCCAACAGAUGCUCAAGUGAGGUAUUUAAACCCAUAUUCUUUGUGAUGCUUCAUGAAGGGCUAAAAUCUAUGUAGGUGACUUUGUAUCCACCAUCACUGGGAAUAACAAAAAUGAAAAUAUUUCUUUCUGAUAUUUAUUUGUGCUAACAGAAAUUAUUAUGAUUGCAAGAUUGUGUGCAAAACUACAAUAUUUAUAAUUGCAUAUUUAAGCUAAGGUGUGAUGUUAACUGAUAAUGUGAUGUGACUGUAUCUCUAUAGAUGUUAGUUGUGAAAUCCAUUCUAAUUUUAUGCUGAUAUACAGCUCACACUACAAAACUUUGUCAGAUAUCCUGCUGAUGUGACUGUUUCUGUGUUUGCCCUUCUGUUUAGAACAGCAGUCAACCUUUUGUCUUGUACGUAGAUGUUGUAAAUUAUAUAUGUGAGAAUGUAUUUUUUUAAUUAAAUGGUUUUAAAUGUAUUGAUAAUUAUAUCAAUUUUUUUUGCUAGAAGUGAAAGUGGCUGGAUGUCAACUACUGACUGCAGUAAUAUAACUAUCUUUGUAUAUUUAUUUUGUGGAUAGCAAAGUCCUUUGCAACAUUUAGUCUGGAAGAAUUGUCUGAUUGGUAGCAAUAUUGAAAUCCAUGCCCAUAUCCUUAUUUAACAUCUUUCCUGUAAGGGAUUGCAUUCUUAUUGGACUUUUAUUUAGAAGUUUAUUCAGAAUGAAACAGAAGAGGUGCUGCUGUCACAUCUGGCUUGGGGAGUAUGCUGCAUCCUUUCUGAAAUGCUGAGAUUUUAGAACCUUCAGUGAAAGUAAAUGCAGCUGAGAAAGGUCAGGUGUAUUUGUAACCCACUUUAGUUCAAAUUAUCACAUGACCUCCCUGAGUUCAGAGCAAAGGAUAUAUCAAAGAAGCUCCUAUGUGCUGUGGAAGGGUUUGUGAUGCUUCUGUGGAAAUGGAUGGCACAAGUCAGAUGAUAAAGAUCUCACGAGCAUCACUCCAAAAACAGUUCCCUGGCAAAAUGGACUGAAGGAGCUGCAGCAGUACCUCCCCAGCCACACAGUGAAGGCUUGGAUCAGUAACUUUGGAAGUUGACAAUUUUGGUAGUUUUUUAAAAAGUUAUUCUACAAUAAAUAAAUAAAUCAAUAAAUCUCUCGCAUACCCCCCCGAUCUGAGCACUGUCACCAAGGAAAAAAAACAUUAUUUCAGGAAUGUGAAAAAAUUGAAAUGAAUUCACUGUUCUUUCAAUAGUGAAUUCAUUUCUCUGGUAUGUGUGUUUCUUUUGUUGCAAAAGUUAUUUCUUUUGCUACGAAUUGCAGUGAAAUUUGAAAAUGAUCUUUCCAUUUUUUAUAUCCUCUUCAGACAGAAUUGUUUAUUUGUUCUUUUGUUCUUUUUGGUAACAGUUUCUUUUCUCAUGAUUCUUUCAUGACUACUGGGAUACGGUGAUACAGAGAAUGUAAGUGAAUUGGCUCACUCAAAGUCAUUUGGACUCCUGAAUUCAUUAAUUUGGGGGCUGAAUCUUGGAAAAUUAAAUUCUAACAAACUAUGUAACAGCAACUGGUUUGGAGGGAAUUUUUUCUUCACCUAUCCAGAGUAAUUCUGGUUUCAUUCUGUCACGUCACGUGGUUUAUUUAUUUGUUUAUUAUAAAUAGUGUGAAAUUGUUUAGAGAAAUGUACUACUGAUAAAUGUAGAACAAUUUUUGUUCCAAAGAAGCAUUUUGUAAUUCUUGGAUGCAUGCUACUGUGGGGAUUAAUUUGUAAUGAAUUUUUGUUGCUACUUUAAUAAA